AUGUACCGGACCCGGCACGAAUGCGAAGACUCUGACGAGAUGUCGGGUUACGGCUGGCUCCGCCAUGACGGUGUCAGGUUUGGUCGCCAGGAGCUGCUAGACGAGGGCUACCUCAUCACGACGUCAUUCAUGAAGGAUCCAGAAGACCGCGACGCCUUUCGCGAGUACGUUCACGUCUGCUUGACGGAUGCAUCUGAGGAAUACUUCGGUUUCGAGUAUGAGGGAUAUUACUAUGUUUACUCGACGCUCAGUUUUGGUUGGAAGGCGAGCCCCUUCAUCUACAACACGUUAUCGGGAGCGGUGGCUCAGUUUUUCCGUCGGUUGGGGAUCCGGAACUUGUUCUAUCUGGACGACUCGAUCUACUUGCCACGGUACAUCCCGCUUGCUGGCCCCCUAAGGUCGGAGCUCACCGAGUGGUUGGGGCUCGGCUGCUGGCAUGGUACUCAGACGUGGCGCUCUGAGCGACACGUGACCAUUGCUAUUGAGACCGAUUCUUCGGGGCGUCGUUGGGGGGGCCGGAUCAUCGUCGGUUCAUUGGAGUACCGGGCAUGGAACGACUGGUCCGCUUCAGAUCAGCGCCUUCACAUUAACCUGCUCGAGAUUAUGGCUUUCUACAACGUUCUCCUCAGCUUUCGGCAACACUUGGCUGGUGCUCAGGUUGAUUGUUAUAUUGACAAUCGGUCAGCGAUGUACAACCUGAUCAAUGGUGGAGGGCGAAGCUUGGAGAUGACGGACGUGGCCAAGUUGAUUUUCCUUUUACAGCGCGCGGACAAUGUCGAUAUUGUAUAUCACUGGAUUGCAUCCGAAUUCAACACGGUGGCUGAUGCUAUCUCCCGGGAGGAAUCGCCUCUUCGCCUCCGGCCUGCUUUAUUCCAGCAACUUGAUCGCGCGCAUGGGGGUUUCCUCAUUGACCUCCUUUCCUCGGGGGCCAACCGGCAACAGGGCUUUGAUGGACGUGAUAUCCCUUUCUUUUCACGCUAUGCGUGUCCUGGGUCCACGGGCGUAAAUGUUUUCGCCCAACCUAUUCCGACUACCGGGGUCACGUUUGCAAACCCGCCUUUCAUCCUGAUCGGCCCUCUACUCGGAUAUCUUCGCUCCCAGCGUUCGUUGACCGUCACGGUUGUUCCCCAAUACGACCAGGGCCGCGUGGGGCAGUAUUGGUGGCCCCUCAUAUUGGAGGCCGCGCUCUCAUGGACGCUGCUGUCUGCGCCGUUCGCACCCAGCCCUUUUGAGCGCCGCGGGAGGAGCGGCGGUUCCUUUGCUGCCUUGCCGCCGUCACCUGUUGCUCACUGGGCGGUUCUUCUGGACUUUCGCUUUUUAUAG